CUGCCAUGCCGGAGGAUCAUCUCUAUGUAUAUCUUUUCGAUCUCCCUUGCCUCACCAGUCGCCACCCACCGUGGGUCACCAUAUAUAGUUAAGCCACAAACAAAGCAUAAUUGAAAACUCUCCCAAACACUGUUCAAUAUUAAUUCUUCUCUCCAAGAUACUGCUCUGGAUUUAACAUAGGUCCAACCUUUAUUAUCUUUAUAAAAUAUAUAUGUACAAGGUACUUCAACUUUAUUGUCUUUAUAAGAUAUAUAUAAAAAAAAACUACUUUACUCUGUCAGCCCCUUGCCACUUAGAUGCAAAUCCUACCAACAUCAAUCCAAAAUCAAACUGCACAUGAGAUGAGAAAAAUUGAAAGGUCACAGAACUUAUAUCUUCCGAAUUUGAAGAGGAGAGGGGAAAAACUCCGGCAGACAUACAAGAGAUGACGACGGAGGGCAAGCGGGAGGUUAGUACCGAAAUUACUGAAUCAAGUGAUGUAAGAAGAACGGGUCUCGCCUUUCUUGUGCACUUGCAUUCCUCUCUAUCUCCUUUCGAUCUUCUUCUCACCUCUGGUCUCGCCUCAUCCUUAACAGUCUUAUCAAUUCCGUCGAUCCUUUCUUUGUCUCGGUAAGAAACGCGCUUCGCGCCUAAACAACGGAGAAAGAAACUGCCGAUUUCCUUCCGACCACGCGUCCUCCUUCUGACCCUCAAAUCUUAAUGAUUGACUUAGGCCUUUCCCGCUACGUGGGUUGGUUCGAUUCGAGCUGCACAAUUGAUGCAGUUCGAUUUCGUGGGUCAAACCGAACCGAACCGAACCGUCUCUUCUGAUUUCAUGGUUGGCCUAAAACUCAAAGCCUUAAAUCUGUAAUAGGGACAGCGCGGGUCGCAAUUCUCAACGGAGACAAAGCACAGUGGCGAAGGGUUGAGCCGGUGGUCGAUUCUUUGUUCUUCACCAUGCGCAUAAUCGCAUCAAAGCUAACCGCUCAUCUGUGCAGGAGGGAACCUGUGCGAACCCUGCAAUUUCGCACUUUUUCAGCUUACGAUGAAAGAGAGAUUGAGAAGGAGGCUGAAAGAAAAGUAGGAUGGUUAUUAAAACUAAUCUUUGCCGGGACUGCGACAUUUCUGGGUUACCAGAUUUUUCCAUACAUGGGGGAUAACUUGUUGCAGCAAUCUGUGACGCUCUUGCGAGUAAAGGAUCCAUUGUUCAAGAGGAUGGGAGCGUCUAGAUUGGCUCGCUUUUCGAUUGAUGAUAAAAGAAGGAUGAAAAUAGUAGAGUUUGGUGGCGCUCAAGAGCUGUUAAACAUGCUCGAGGUUGCCAAAGAUGACCGGACACGUAAGGAAGCUUUGAAGGCUUUAUAUGCCAUCUCACAUUCAGAUGAAGCUGUUGGUUAUUUGCAUAAAGCAGGGGCAAUAUUGGUUAUUAAAUCUACUCCAGAUUCGGCUGAAGAUAUGAAAGUAAAUGAGUACAAGUCAAACCUGAUGAAGAGAUUUAGAGAUCUUAGAUAUGAUGUUUCAUCUUGACACGUAAGAGUUUUCUUUCUUUUAUUAUUAUUAUUAUUAUAUUUUCUGAGAGAGAGAGAGAGAGAGAGAGAGAACAAUGGCACUCACCGGUGAUGUGAGGAGGGACAGUACUGCCACCUUACAUUGUAAUAUGUGGCGGAGGCAGCUUGGGGCGUGAGAUAGAUUGAGGGACAUGGGGUCGAGUGAGGAACCACUAGAGACAUGCACAGGAGAGGAGGGACACGGGGAAGUUGAAAAAAGACUUUUCAAAAGAAAAAUAAAAUAGAUAUUUGACACUUCUAAUUUAAAUAUUGCUUUUGUUUGCA